CAUGAUUACAACAGAACUGGACAUCGAGAUCCAUGCAAUUAACUUUUAUACAGACAGCAAGAUUGUGUUAGGAUAUAUUCACAAUGCUUCAAGAAGAUUUUAUACAUACGUGGCCAACAGAGUGACACGUAUCAGAAAGUCUACAAGUCCAGAACAGUGGCAUCACAUCAGCACGGACAAGAACCCAGCUGAUCAUGGGACAAGACUGGUGCCAGCCGCUGCACUCAUGCAAACUAACUGGUUCGUAGGUCCAUCCUUUCUUCGUAAACCAGAAACCAAAGAAAAUACUCAGGUAGAGACCUUUCAGCUCAUAGAACCAGAUCAAGACAAAGAGGUAAGACCUCAAGUGACAGUUUGUAGGACUAUAGUUACAAGAGACAGUCUGGGCGCUCAUAGAUUUGAAAGGUUUUCCAGCUGGAAGUCGCUGACCCGUGCAAUCGGAAAACUUAUCUGUCUAGCCAGAUCCUCCUGCAGAGCUACCAAUACUGAUCAGCAUAGCAAUGACCACCUUGAACAAGCCAAGGUCACGAUCAUCAGAUGCAUCCAGCAGGAAGUCUUUAAAGAAGAAAUCCAAAGCCUUAUGAAAAAGGAAGAGAUUUCUCGACACAAUUCGCUCAAGGACUUGUACACCAAGCAAAGGAAACAAGUUCAAAGUCUUGCGGACAUUUUCUGGAAGAGGUGGAGACAGGAAUACCUGGUGAUCUUCCAGCCAUGCAAGAAAUGGCAAGAUGACAAGCCCAAUUUACAAGUUGGAGACUUUGUCCUACUGAAAGACUCUCAGGCCCACAGGAACGAGUGGCCUAUUGGACUCAUUGUGGGGACUGAUCCUAGUAGUGAUGCUAGAGUUAGAAAGGUUGAAGUUAGGAUUGUUAGACAGGGCAUUCCCAAAGUGUAUGCAAGGCCAAUUUCUGAAGUAGUUUUACUCCUGUCUAAAGGUUAGUGGCAUAACAAAAAGUAUGCCAGGUGGGGAGUGUGCUGCCUUCGCAAUGUAUUUUACAUGCUUGGCACUCAGCAGGGUCUGUUCCUUUAAGACCCUCCAUUUUCUUGAAGCCUAGAGGCGGGCCUUCUCUCUAAAGCAUAGGGCUAGCUCCGGCAUGUCUCAUUCAUUCCAGCUCCAGCUACCACAGUGACCAGAUCCACAGGACUUCUUAAAGCUAAUACAGACUGCAAAUCUGAUAAAUACCAAAGCCUUUUUACCGCACUUUCAUUAUAUCUCAGUAAAGGUUACAUCAGUUAAGCAACCAGCGUGUCUUUCCUUGAGAUUCGGUAUAAACUUGAUGUGAAGCUGUGUCCACGAGACAGCGGAGACAUUAUACCCUGCUUAAGUCUGC